CUCCACUGCCUCCGCAGCCAAUCGCACCGCCCUCGCCUGCACCGCACCGCUCCGCUCAAACCCUAAACCCUCCCCUCCACCGGAAUCUCGCCGCCAGGCCAUGGCGGCGGAGCCGCCGGAGCCCGACUCCACGCGGGAUCCCCUGCCCGCCUCCUCCUCCGCCGCCGCCGGUGUAGGCGGCCCCAACCCGUGCUGCGCAAAGCUGUGGAAGAAGUUCCAGAAGUUGGAGACGAGCCGGACGGCGCUGCGGGAGGCGGUGAAGCUCCUGCAGAGCGAGAACGAGAAGCUGCAGAAGGAGAACUCGGAGCUCAGCAAAGUGUGCAAGCAGGAACGUCUCCGUGGUGAUUCAGCGGAAGCAGCUAGGGAAACUGAGUCUGAUGCCAGAGAUCUACUGGAGAAGGAGAUAAUUGAAUUGAAGGUGCAGAACUCAACUCUGCAACAAACACAAAAUAUGUGCAAAAAUGAUAAUGAAGUUUUACGCAUAUCUGAAUUGGAGGAAGAAAAUAGAAAGCUCAAACAGGUGUUAGGAGAAGAAAGGAAGAAGAUUACUUCAGAGAAGAAAAAAGCUGAAGAAAAAAAGGGCAAGACUUUAGAAAUGCAAAAGAUAUUGAAGUCGGAAACAAAUAAGUCUGAAGAGUAUAGAAGGGUUGCUGAUACAGAAAGGAAAGUAGCCAAUGAUUGGAGAGCAUCGUGUGAAAGGUUGAGGGGUGAAGUAAACGAAGUUAGAGCACAGCUGGCUGCUCAGAUUCAAAAAACAGAGGAGGCGGUUAAAAGGGUUGAAACAGAGAAGCAGAAGGUAGCCAGAGAAAAGAAACGUGCUGAUUCAGAGAAAUCAUUAGCUGAAAAGAGCAAAGCACUAAUUGAAGUUGAGAGAAAAACAGUAACGGAAGAGAAGAGCCGUGCUGACAAUUUGUUUGCAAAGUUAGAGGAGCAGAAGAAACUUAAUGAGGAUUUACGAACUAGCAUUCAAGUUGAAAUAAAGAAUACAAUAGAAGAGAAAAAACGAGCAGACCAUCUGCUCCAAAAGUUGGAAGAGGAGAGAAAGCAGAGUGAAUAUUUACAGAGGAAAUCAAAUGACAGAUCUUCCGGCAAAUAUGGGUGGCAACAUGAUAGAUCUUCCGAAAGUGCAAAUGUAAAGCUUCUCAAAGAGAAGCUUAAGCUGAAGAAAGAGCAAUUAAAGCAUGUGAAAAAUGUGUCAAAGCUAGAUAAAGCAAAAAAUGCUAUAAUAAGAAGAGAGUUUCAGUGCUUAAAACAAGACUGGAUGCAGCUACUGAGCCGAUUUAACAUUCUCGAUGACCAUCUUGCUGGUGGUGUUGAAGGUAUUCAUGUCUUAACAGAGUUGCAACAACAUCCAGAGAUACGUGGCUUUGAACAGAAGCUGCUUCCUAAUGAUCCAGUGGCUGGCCCAUAUUUUGGGUUGCAGUCUGGGAUGGUUCCAUUCGGCUCUUCUAUCCCAAGAGAAUACACUUCGUAUCAGUUACCAAGAGAAAGCUGCACAAGACCAAUAUCAGGUACUAGUUCUGAACUAGGGCCUCCUCUUGGUAGCUCUCUCAGAACAAAGUCAAAAAGUCUCCACAGAUCUUCAUGUCCCACAUCCAUAUCUGAUGAAAAGUUCAUGGGCUCACAGGGUAAGGAUAGCCUAUUUGUAUCCUCAUCAACAGAUAUCAGGAAAAAACAGAAUUCAGUUGUUCCCGAGCUGCCCCGUAAAGAUAGUAAUGACACAACGAGGCAAGAUGAUAGAGCAUUGUCUCUAGAAGCAUUGAAAUCAUCCUUUCCUGGUGGUACAGAAGCUACAGAUAAAAUACUCGGUGGUGAUAGGAAGAGAAAAAGGACCACAAAGCCUCUUGAAUCCGAUGUUUGUCUUUCCUCUAAACAUGAUUUGCUGCAUUUGGAAUCGAAGGCCCGCGCUGCCACUUCGAAUGAAGUUUUGGCAUUCAAUGAUGAUCGUUCAGGUCUGCAGCAAGGAAAUAAGAAUAACAUCAUGAUGUGUGUGACUGAAGAUGACAUGGAAAAUCACAGGAGGAAAUAUCUUGCUGUCGCUGAUAAAGCUCCUCCCUUUGGUUGCACUGCUAAAGUGCCUUCUCCUGGCGGAGGAAAUGCUUGUGUAGUAAGCAAGUUUGCUUCAUUGCUCUGCUUUGAGAAAAUGAUAGGGGGAAGCUGCUUGAAGUUGCUCAAUUUGGACAGUGAUGCAGAUGAGGAUAAGUGCAGAAAGGCAAUGGAGAGACCUCAUUCACCAAACCUGCCCAUUAUUCAACCCCGCAGAAUUAAAGUGCCUACAUAUGAAGAACCUCACAAUUUGAGUGAUGAAACCCUCAAUGAUUGUCCCGCCUCAGGACCUGAUGCUAUUGAUUCCAGGACGAGGUCCAAAAUGUUGGAAGUUAAAGAGCUUGCAAUUCAGAAAAUGACUGAAAAGGGUAUCCAGCUUGAUCCAACCUCUAGUAGAAUUGAAUGUAGUGACAGUGUUAAACAGCUUUGUGCAAAUGAUAGAUACAAUGCAAUAGUCAAUGUUUCUUGUAGCACCAAAUCGGUUGGCGUGCCAACUAAUUCCUCUUUGGACUGCCUUUUGCAUAAGGAUGAGGCCCGAACUUCUGUAGCAUCUUCUGCUGAGGAGUCAGGCAAUACCAGUACACCAGUGUUGUCAGGAAGUAAUUGCAGUGGUCAUCCAGAUUCCAUUUUGCAUUCACGGCAUUUGUGCAAGGUGGUGCCUAACAAAAACAGAUCAUCAGAUCCUGGACUGCGAGCUGUUGUUGGGACAAAUAAAACAAAAAUGACCAAGCCAAUAAAUUUGGACUCAAAUAGUGUGCUUAGGCAUAAUAGUGGAUCUGAAAAAACUCCAAUGCACAUAGUUGGAUUUUUGAGAAUGAAAAGAGGCAACAUAGUAAACAUAUUUCGAUAUUGGGAGACUUUGACUUCUAAAGCUGGGAAGCUUUAUAAGGAGGCUUCCAUUGAUGGUCUGUUACUUGAAAGAGUAUCAACUGAACUGUUGCUACCUACAGAAGAGAAGGUUUCCCUGAUCUUUUCCCUUUUGUUGUGGGAUAUCAGAUUCACAGCAAAACCUUUUGUGGCUGAAAAUUUUGCCUCAGCUUUUUCCUCGAGUGUGAAGUCUUAUAUGGAAACAAGGUGGACCUGUCUGAAAAAAGAUCAGCUGGAUGUUCUUGUCUCCUUAAUUGAGGAUUUUCUCGUGAACAAAGAAGUUGUGGUGUGCGAGAAAAUGGGACAGAAGGUUCCUGACGCAAGCAAGUAUCAUAAUCUAGAUGGAGCUGACAUACAAUUAUCUACUAAACCCGCAACGAUAGAACAGUUUAUCUCUGCUUGCAUUCUGUUGGCUUCAAUAUGUGUGGAAGUGGAGAGAGCGGAUAUUGUUUUAGAGGUUUCGUACAAAGUUCUUCAGAUGGGUAAAAGUAAUCUUUCUUGGACUCUCUUCGCUCUCCAUGUCUUUGGUUCUGUGUGUGGUGAUAAUUUUCUCUUUCCAAAGAGUUGCAACUUUCUCAUGACAGCUAUACGUUUGGUUGUCCUGCUUAUUGAGAGGAAAGACACUUCUAUGUGCCUUGUGUCAUCAUAUAUUCAGAAAAAUAGGCCAACAACGUUACCAUCCUGUGCACAUUGCCUGUUUGAUGUGGAUACGAUUUCCAUAGAUGGUUUUAUCUCUUCUCUACUGGAUGAGCUAGGUUUAUGUUCUCUGCUGUGGAGCAAUCAUGCCAACUCAACUAUGGCAAGGUGCAGUUCUCAAUUGGGAUCGAGUGGACUGGAGAUCAACUGUGGUGAAUCUUGCAAUAUUUUCAAGCAAGGAAAACUUGCUGAGGAUAGUCAUAAUCCUGCAGGGAUUGACUUGUGCUACUUCACCGAGCUAAUUUCUUUGCUCGAGCUCUUUGGGAUCUAUAUGAGCUGCGAGUGGACAUACAACAAUGUCGUUGUCCGUCUUCUGGAGAUAUUGGAAUCGUGUACGUGUGAGGAGUAUUCAGCUGCUCUGUUAGUACUUGUCAACCAACUUGGAAGGUUCUUCGCUGAUGAUGUUGGUUAUGAGCAGAGAGCAGUUAGUGAGCUGAGGAACAAGUUAUCAUUGUUAAUAGGGACAGCUUUUACAAAAUCAAAGAGUGUAGCUGUUCAGUUUUCUGCCAUUGGUGCAUUGCUUAGCCUCCUUCCGCUGCCAUUCGACAAAAUUGUUGCUGCACAAAGUAGACCAUUCUCAGGUCCCUUUGUCCUGCAAGCGAGUCAGAUUUCUGAAUGGUUUGAUCAGUUAAGCAAGGAGCAUCAAUCUUUAGCCCGUUCCUUUUUUAGCUGAGAGUCGGUAUAUAUAGCAGCAUGAGUGGCUUGGCCUUCCAUGGACCACAAAAUAUGCCUUGUGAAAUUUUGAUCUGUUCCUCGCAGUUGAAUUCAUGGUAUGAUAACAUGACGUUGGGUUACUCCCUUGCCAAGACAGCGUGUGGAGGAGGAUGUUUGUCCUCGUCUUUGAAUAUGCAGAAUUGUAAAACAUCAUGAUGUUUGUCCUCGUCUUUGAAUAUGCAGAAUUGUUCUGCACAUCAUGAUGUUUUAUCAACAUCAUGUUGUCAUAAAUUUCUACAAAAGCAGCUAAGGAAUAGUUUGGAAAUACAGAUGCAGAACCAAGAAAUGCUGGAUUUGGACCAAGAACUGUUUUUUCAGCAGAAAUCUGAGUCAAACAGGAUUACCAGAAAUAUUUGUUUCCAUUGCUGAAUGUCAAACUUGAUGAGGACGUUGGAGAUUAUUGAAUCGAGGACUUAAGAGAUGGUUUGCCUUUGUAAGAUUGCCAAAUGGAGAGGAUCUGUGUUAUGUUCUGAUCCGACAGAACUGAAGAGGCUACAAGGUCAUGAUCGGCAGAUGUUUCAGAUUCGGAAUAUGCUGUCCGACAAGAGUCUUCCAAGAAGUCUCGGUGCUGGUAGUUUGGUCCCACCAAAAUCAACAUGUGGUGGACCAAUACUGCAUUGUAUUCUGCUUUUUAGAUAGCAGAGUUAGGAUAGAUUUUUGUGCCAGUGGUUUUGCAAGGAGGUGAUCUAAAUUUUGGUGAUCUCACCUUCUUGUCCCAUCCCUUUUUUUUUCUCUCCUGUUGGAGAGCAGAGGUUGAUGUACCAAUUGUCCAAGAGGUAUUUGCCUAUCUACUAGGUCUGUAACCUGUACAUUUCAUCCAAGAAGGCAAGUGAUUUCUUGGCUGUC